AUGCCAUCAGUGCUUUGCAGAUCGCCCGUGGCCCAGUUCGGCUUAAGUUCGAUUCAGGGCGGCCGCGUGCCGACGGGAGUCACUGGGGCACCGAGUAGCGAACCCACUGGAGGCAUGGCUCGCCUCGCUCUGGCUCUCGCGCUGGUGCUGUCCGCGCGCGCGCUGGCGGACGAGGGCUGCGCCGCCGACGGCACGUGCCAGGCCGACGAGGCCGAAGCCUCCGCGCUGCUGCAGAGCUCGGCCGCGCGCAGGGCCGACGUGGCCCAGCACGGCGCCGCGAACGCCACCACCGAGACGACCACGCUCACCUGCUACCCGAACUACGCGGCUGCCACCUGCGGCGGCGCCAUGAAGUGCUUCCAGGACACCACGGGCUGCUCCACCUCCGGGGCAGGCGUGUGCUGCAAGGCGGCGGGCAACGGGCAGGGCCUCGCCCAGUGCAAGUUCUGCGGCGACUCGACCUGCGGCCCAUGCCCCGGAGGCCCCGCCCCGACCCCCACGCCUGCGCCGCCCACGCCGUCGGGCAACCAGGUCGGGGAGAUCUGCGACUUUUGGGGGAGCACUGGCCAGUACUAUGGCCCCUGCGCGCCCGGCCUCGUGUGCGCCCCCCCAGUCAACGCGGGGCCUGGCGCGCCCAAGGUCUGCACCUACCGCUAG